AUGGAUGUCCCACAUCCUCAUGGCGGGGCGCAGGACGACGAGGACCGGAUCAUCGGGGGCUACCCCUGCAUCCCGUUCUCGCAGCCCUGGCAGGUCUACAUCUACCGGCCCGUGCGCUGCGGCGGCAUCCUGCUGAGGCCCAACUGGGUGCUCUCGGCCGCCCACUGCUUCUACCGGGGCCUGCGGCUGCGCCUGGGCGAGUACAACCUGCGCGUGGCGGAGGGGACGGAGCAGGACCGCCGGGUGGUUCAGGCCAUCCGUCACCCGGCCUUCGACCCAGCCACGCUGGACAACGACCUCAUGCUGCUGCGGCUCGACCAGCCGGCGCGGCUCGGCGCCGCCGUGCAGCCCCUGGCUCUGCCCCGCUCCUGCGCCCCAGCCGGGGCCACCUGCCUCGUCUCGGGCUGGGGCACCAUCACCACCCCUCAAGUGACGCAGCCCCAGCAGCUCAUCUGCGCCUACGUGGAGAUCUUCUCGGAGGAGUACUGCCGCCGCGCCUACCCGGGCCGCCUCACGCGCAACAUGCUCUGCGCCGGCGUGCGCCACCAGCGCGUCGACUCCUGCCAGGGUGACUCCGGGGGGCCGCUGUCAUGCAACGGGACCCUCCAAGGCAUCGUGUCGUGGGGGCUGCAGACCUGCGCCCUGCCCGGGCGCCCGGGCGUCUACACGCGCGUGUGCAACUACGUCAACUGGAUCCUGGACACCAUGGACAGAAACUAG